CUGGGCUAGUUGUGUGAGAGGCUGGUCUUUUUCGCUUCGUUUCUUCUUUGCAUCUUUAUAGCAGUAAACACCCUUGGCAGCAUGCUUAGAAAUUUGUGGCAGCAACUUGACAAUCAACGGCAGCAUGAAAUCUGAAACAAACUGAUUAUUCUGUUGAUUCUACCAAUUAUUCUCUUGGAAGCAAGUAAUAACACGCUUCGUUUCACACAUAACUCCAAGAGACACCCAGAAGAGCCAUCUGUAUUCCAUAGAAAUGGCUGCUGCUUCUUCUUCGUCGGCGACAGAGGAGGAGCUGACACUGACGGUAAAGUGGAGCGGCAAAGAAUACACUGUCCGAGUCUGCGGCGACGACUCGGUGGCAGAGUUGAAGCGCAGAAUCUGCGAACUCACUAACGUUCUCCCCAAACGACAGAAGCUUCUCUACCCGAAAAUUGGCAACAAGCUCUCCGAUGACGCCGUCCUGCUCUCUUCUCUCCCCCUCAAAUCAUCUCUCAAGAUGACCAUGAUCGGUACUAUUGAGGAGGACAUAAUUGUGGAUCCAGUGGAUUCUCCAGAGGUUAUUGAUGACUUUGAAAUUGGACAAGAUGAAGCUGUUGACAUUAAAGAUAAAGAGGUCAAUAAGCAGAAAUUAAAGAGACGUAUAGAUCAAUACAAGAUUGAACUUAGAACUCCAUGCCGGCCUGGAAAGAAACUGCUUGUUUUGGAUAUUGACUAUACUUUAUUUGAUCACCGGUCCACAGCAGAGAAUCCCCUUCAACUCAUGAGGCCUUAUCUUCAUGAGUUUCUUACAGCUGCUUAUGCUGAGUAUGAUAUCGUGAUAUGGUCUGCAACAAGCAUGAAAUGGAUUGAAUUGAAGAUGGGACAGCUAGGAGUACUCAACAGCUCUAACUACAAAAUCACAGCACUUCUGGACCAUUUAGCAAUGAUCACAGUUCAAUCAGAUUCUCAUAGAAUCUUUGAUUGCAAACCACUUGGUUUGAUUUGGGCUCAUUUUCCUCAGUUUUACAAUCCAAAGAACACUAUAAUGUUUGAUGAUCUGAGAAGAAAUUUUGUGAUGAACCCACAGAAUGGUUUGACAAUCAAACCAUUCCGGAAGGCUCAUGCAAACAGAGACACUGACCAAGAGCUUGUAAAGCUCACGCAAUACUUGUUAGCCAUUGCCGAACUUGAUGACUUGAGCUCCCUUGACCACAAUAACUGGCAGUCAUUCACCGAGGACAAUGCCAAAAGACGUCGCCAUGCAUGAGUAACAGUGACAGUAUCUGCUUUUUCAAGGGGACGGAGAUAUCUGGUUGUAAUAUGGUUAACUGUCUUUGCAGCCAUGACUCAAACCUUGAUUUCGAAUUUUCCUUUGGCAUUGAGCGCGGAUGCAGUAUUCCGUUUAUGUAUAAUUAUUUUAUCAUGAAAAGCUGGAUUUGUGCUGUUUUAUGGUAGAAUUAUUGGGGAUUGACAAUGGUGUUUCUAAGAAGGGAAUUUUCGUUUGGAAUAAAGUUUUCUAGUACCAGUAGAGCUCUCUGUUCCUGUUUCAUCUUAACAUUUGGGAACCAAGCCCAUGCGGCUAGUUGGUUCACCCCUCAGCCUAAGAGCUUUGGGGCAUGAUGGUGGGAAUUCAACCUCUCUGAUUAUUUGUGAAGAAUACUCCCUUUCCCCCAGCAUCCUUGUAA